ACAAAGCUAACGUAAUACAGGAGGAGCUGUUACAUAAAGCUAACGUAAUACAGGAGGAGCUGUUACACAAAGCUAACGUAAUACAGGAGGAGGUUAACAUCAGGAGGAGCUGUUACAUAAAGCUAACAUAGUCCUUACUGAAAGUCAGUGGUGGUCAACUUUGAGAGAUAGUCUAUGUUAUUUUACUGUUCCUUUAAAGAAGAUGGCCAAUGUGUCGCACGGACAACUGGUAAAGUACGCCAACAUAUAAUUGUAUUCAACAUUCUGGCAUGUAGAGGUCGCGAGAGAGAACUUUCCUGAUUCAAACGUUAAUUUCGGCCUGACAGAAUUCAAUGCAAUUUAAUACCGCGUUUCCUGUCAAGCGGAGGUGGAGACGAAGGGGUGCUCGAGAUCGUGCACUGUUUGCGCGUGUCUGUUCUGUGUGUGGAUGCUAAAAUCUGAAGAAUUACCAGGGAAAUUAAAUUCACGUGUAGGCCCUACGUGUAAUUCAACCAUAACCAGAUGUGAAGAUGUGAGUGUGGUCUGAGGCAGCUGUGAUCCCAUGCUUCAGCCCCCCCACCCACCCCAGCACCACACUAGAAUGUACUUGAACUUGCCUCCAGUCGCGGCUUUGCACACAGAAUGGAGGUCAUCGUGCGGUGGUCUGCCCAGAGGCUUUAGCGGUCUGCCCCUGUGCUUCAAUGACUCUGACAGCGACUUGUCCACCACUGGAACACCCAUCUCAGAGAAGGUCCAGAUGAUCAUAGAGAGCCUAAGGAGCACCCAGUCCUCACUCAACAUGGGCGAUGAGACAGAGGGGAACCAAGUGCUGUCAGGGCAACCGGUACAGGAGGCUGGAGCCCGGGGCUCCCAGGGCCAAGGCUUCAAGGUCCGGAGGGGGCCUCCUGUGGUUAUGGGACCCAAGCCCAAAUUCAGAGGCCCUCUUCCUCUCACUCACACUGAUAACUUGCUGGCACUGCCAGAAGUUUCCUAUAAUGUUGAAUCGGAGAGUUCUGACGGCGAUGACUCUGUAGAUAGAGGCAUCGAGGAGGCCAUUCAGGAGUACCUGAAGGAAAAGGAUGACCACAAACGCAAGGCUGAGCCAGAACCAGCCACUAAUAUUUUACAGCCACCGAAGAUUCCCCGGAGGGAGGCUGCUCCAACCUUUCCAGAACCUACUAAACAACAUUCCGACAGCAAUAAGAUUUUAACUGCCAGCAACCAGGUUCCGAGAAGUGUCAAAACAGAGACACACAACACAGCACUACCCAUGAAAAAAUGUUUGAAAAGUAAAAUACCCACCUGCAAAGAGAAUCCCUUUAAGAAACUGGACACUAUAAGCAACACAGCGGUGGUAAAAAAACGAUCUUUGGAACAGAAGAGAGGCCCCUCUAAUUCCAACCCUCUCUCUGACAAACAGAAGAGUCCUGUACUGAAAGCAGUGAAGUUGGAGGAACACUUGUCUGACAGUGACAGCAGCAGCAGUAGUGAUGACGGCAUUGAGGAGGCUAUUCAACGUUACCAGCAGGAGAAGAAGAAAGAGAGACAUGAAGGAGGCCCUAAGUCCUCCAAACCCUUUCUCGUCCUCAAAGAGGAGUCAGACUCCAGCAGCAGUGAUGACGGAAUAGAGGAGGCCAUCCGCCACUACCAGCUGGAGAAGCAGAAAGAGAAGGGUGUACCGACGCUCUCUCUAUUUAUACCCAAACAAAAGCAAUUGGGUAAAGCAGCGGCUUCCCUGCACUGUUCAGAGAGCACAAGCACUCAGGCAGCAGCCAUGAAAAAACACAAACUGUCUAAAAAGAAGAAACCUGAGACUAGGGAUUUAAAAUCAUCUCUACCCUCUCAAACUCCUGGUUCCUCACUCUCUCUUAUCAAGAAGAGAUUAGCGGUUAGCAGCCCCAAAGGGAAUGGCCUCCUCUUGUCAACUAAAGUGGAGCCGCUGCGAGAGAGGGAGCAAGAGCAGCACACCAUCCCAUGCCCAGCCACUCUGAAGGUGAACACCACCACCACAGCUGAGCUGAUGUGUGCUGAGGCCAUUCUGGACAUUUCUAAAGCUGUCAUUAAAAUGCCAGGGGCCUUUAACCCUAAUGUAGCAUCAGCAGGCCAUAUCAAUAUUAACAGUAGCUCCACGGAGUCCACUGCCACCACUUCUCUUAUCUCCACAAACUGCCAUGAUGAUGAUGAUGAUAAUAAUACAAGUGAUGAUGAGAGCUCCAUUGAUAGUGAGGAUGGGAUCGAACAGGAAAUCCGGAAGUUUCUUGAGAAGAAAGCCCAAAUGCACAAACUGCCAUCUGGGCCCGGCUCAGAUGUUGGUACUACAAGUCCAGGUGGAACCAACACAAUAACAGAACCAGAGAAAAACACCAAACUGAGUCCGGCCCAGAAGAAAACACUGAAGCUAUCUGUGAAGCAGAAAAUAAAUCUCAAAGAGGAAGGUGGCAGCAGCAGGGGUUCCAAGGAAGGAGAGAGUCAUCUCAAAAUGAAAGAAGAGGCACUCCGAAAGCAUUUGACCAAGCAUGACCAAAGGUCAAGGUCAUCUGUUUCCACCCUGAAAAAAUCCCCGCUGAAAUCAGUGAGGACCUCAGAAAGGAGGGGGGAACCUAAGAGUGGAGACAAGAGUAGCUCACUGGACAGUGACGAAGACCUGGACACUGCAAUAAAAGACUUGCUCAAGACUAAGAAGAAGUUGAAAAAGAAGACUAGAGAUAUGAAGUUGAAGUCAAGGAAGGGCCUUGAGGAUGAGAAGCCGUUGUCUAGAAAAACAGAGUUAAAGAAGCUGGGUAUGGACCAUGUGCCCAAGACUACCAGCCUUUUGAAAACUAGCCUUAAAAUCACUACUACUACUACUGCCCAGAGUAGUAACAACAACAGAAAAAAAGGCACAUUUAGUACGAAUGUGUCACAGUAUCCACAGAGCAAUGAGAAGAAGGAGCCUCUCAACCAGACAGAUGAGAUGGACCGAUCUCAAGGGAACAGGGAUGUAGAAGGCCUGUCAAGAGAGACUAUCCCAGUUGUUCAGAUCAAGGAAGAGAGCAGUUCAGUGGACAGCGACGACAGCAUCGAACAGGAGAUCAGAAAGUUCCUGGCAGAAAAGGCCAAGGUUUCUACUACCAUAGUGAAAACAGAUGAUGGAGAGGAGAUCGUGAAUGGCAAGGGCAAAACAGCAGUCCCUCUCACGGAGAAAUGCAUAAAAUUGGAAAAUCUGCUGGCUGAAAUUCCAAGGAUAGAUGUUACUCAAUUCCCUGACGUGCCUCAUCAGAGCAGUUGUGAGCAGAGAGGAGUUCCGGAAAGAGGAAUCUUUCCAAACACACCCCCUCAGCCAGUGCCAGGAAACCACACCCCAGAAACAGCCAGGGGGUCGUGCCUCCUUUCAACCCUCACCCCCAGCUCCUAUCCUCCAGCGCUGGACCUGGCCAAUGGCGCUGUGUCUGGGGCUGCCAGAUCAGAGAAGAGGAGGAGCUCUACUUCAGAUCCAGGAAGCGGUGAUACCCACCAGAGUGCCAACUCUGAGAUGGCAAGGGAGCACAGCUACAGGUCAUUUCCCAGCACCAGCUACCCCUUGCCCAGGACUGACUCGGAGCAGUGGCGUAAGAGCCAAGUGAUCCCCACCACUGAGACAAAAGAGAAGAUCCAUAACAGGAACCCAUUCCAGUACAGCUCACCUAGUUUCGGUGAGAAGAGAGCCACCACUCCAGCAUCUCAGUGUGUAGUACCAGCCAGUAUCUAUUCGCGUAGGAGGAAUAUUGAGCCUGCACCGGAUACACUGGUCUCCACCCGUCCUGCUGCUGUACGGACUGGGAGCAGCAUCAGAUCACCACUGGUUCCAUUCCACCGCCCCUCAUCCUCAGAGACCAUAUCUACGUCGGCUGCCGUCUUCAGCUCCCCGUUCCCCAGCCUGACCAGGAGACCUACGGAGACAGGACCAUCAGGGAGGUACUUCCUUCAGGGUCAUGAGUCAGGCAGCCGCUGGGGUCAAUCCCCAACCCUGACCCCGGGGCUGUCGGAGAGCGGCGUGGUACACGUGGCCAAGGACAAGACAAUGUUUGUUGAACUGUUCACGAACGAGACCAACCACGUUCAGGUCAGAAGCAGGGAGGUGAAAGUGAGUGAGGGAAAGGAGGAAAGGAGGAGAGACUUGCCAGCAGGAGAGAGUGAGAGAGAAAGGGAGUGCAGGAAGACAGAGCAGAUAGGAAGACGAGGAGAGGAGUGUGUAGAUGAGACCGACGUCAGCGAGUCAGAUGAGAGGACGAGCCCAGAGCAGCAGGGCUUUCACACUUUGUCUCUGUCCAGCUCCAUUGACCCUGGUAUCACCCUCAGCCCUUACAUAGCAUUGAACACAGAGGAAAGGAGCAAGAGGUUCAGAUGGAUGUGUAAAGCUGUUGCUGUAAAUCAGCCAAAGAAGACCAAAUUUGAGAAACCUGUGAAGAGAAUGCUCCAAUUUCUACCUCUAUCCAGGAAAAAUAAAUCAACUGGGAAGUAAAGCAACAGAAGCACAGAUGUUUUUUGUACAGAAAGAUCUUUCAAGAUUUCUUAUCAAACAUUUAAAUGCGUAUAUGGCAUAUAUCAAAUGCUUAUAUCCAACGCGACUUAGUCAUGCGGAUGAAAACUGUUAUUGUUGGUGAAGAGGGUUUGUCUGUUGUAUGUGAAUUGUUUGAUUCUGAAUUAUGUUGGUUAUGUUGAAAUUGCACUUGUUAUUGUUCAUGUUUUAAUUAUUUAUGUUUGUUUUUAUUAGGCGAUGGGUUCUCAAUAUUCAAAUUGACAGUUGUUGAAGAACGUUUUCAAUUUCAAUACAUUUUAUAGAUUGACUUCUACAUCACAUUCAUAUUAAUGUUAAAAUACAAUUUAUUGAAGGAAAAAAAACUGUUCUAAAAAUCAACAUAUCCCAAAAAAUGUAGAUGUUACAGUAUUUGGCUAGAAUUUGACAAAAUGUGUAGGCUACAAGAGAGUACAGUAUGGUUCAGUAAUUGUGGUAUUACAAUUCAAUAAAGUUUUUGAAUGAGCAUUCAACUACAUGCGUGCUCAUGGGAGUUGUGGUCCAAAGGAAAUUAUUGACACGUGAUCUAGUGCGUACGAGACAUCCGAUGGACUUCAACUACCAGUCGCCUAUUUCUUUGACCUUCAGUGGGAGGGGACAGCACGAGCAAGCAUGGCAGCUGGAGUUCUUACCAAAGGUUUGUGCGGGUUCUGCCAGCCCCGGAUUGUUGCAGCCGGAUACUCCUGUAGUGGACCUCUCUAUGCGACUGCUACCGCAGUCAAAACACUCCCUUUGCAAACUGACAGCACGGCUGUCACUGACGAGAUCCAGAACUUGCCUCUUGAAACGCCAGAUUUCUUUCGCUUGUCAGAACUCUUCUCCUUAAAAGAUCUAUUCGAUGCCAGAGUGCACCUUGGACACAAGAAAGGCUGCAGACACAGACUGAUGGAGCCCUAUCUGUUCGGCAGUCGUCUGGGCCAGGACAUCAUCGACCUGGACCAGACAAUGGUGCACCUCCAGAGCGCCCUGAACUUCACCGCCCACAUCGCCUACCGCGGCGGCAUCAUCCUCUUUGUCUCCCGCCGCCGACAGUUCGGCCACGUGGUGGAGAGCACGGCAGGGGACUGUGGAGAAUAUGCCCACACACGCUACUGGCAGGGUGGUCUGCUCACCAAUGCCCCAAUCCAGUACGGCCCGGGGGUCAGGCUGCCUGACCUCAUCGUCUUUCUCUCAACUCUCAACAACGUCUUCCAGCAGCAUGUGGGGGUCCGCGAUGCAGCCAAGAUGAAUAUACCCACGGUGGGUGUGGUGGACUCUAACUGCAACCCCAGCCUGGUGACAUACCCGGUGCCUGGGAAUGAUGACACACCAGCCGCAAUGGAGCUGUACUGCCGCCUCUUCAAGAUGACCAUCAACAGGGCCAAGGACAAGAGGAGGCAGAUGGAGCUGCUCCAGGGUCUAUCACCAGCGGGCCUCACACAGGGUUCCUCGUGAGAGGCACUGGUGGAAUUAAUGAAGGGCCCCUUCUUGAGUUAUUUGAAAAUGCAUUAUUCAAUUUUACUCCCUUGAAGUUAAACCUGAUCUGAAAUGAUAGGAUAGGUAAAAUCUCUGCCUUUUGGUUAAGAUCAAGUGUAGUAUUUGAAAGCAAGUGUUCCACUUCAUUGUUUACAACAACAUAACAAAUAAAUCAUUAUUGAUCAUGUGUAUCGAAAUGUUUGUGUUUCUAGCUCCAACAGUGCGGUAGUAUCUAAUAGUUCACAGCAAAACACACAUCUCAAAGUAAAAUAAUAGAAUUAAGAAAUAACAAAAAUAUUAUGUUCAUGUCAGAUUAGGGAUUUAUGCCAAGGAAGGGUGGGUAAAGCAUGCAUUUAGGUGUGGCAGUUAGCCCAGUGGUUAGUGUUGGGCCAGUAACCGAAAGGUUGCUAGAUCAAAUCCCCGAACUGACAAGGUAAACAUCUGUAGUUCUGAACAAGACAGUUAACCCACUGUUCCUAGGCCUGUCAUUGUAAAUUAGAAUUUGUUCUUAACUGACUUGCCUAGUUAAAGGUAAAAUAAAUAUGUAUAUAGUCAAAUAUGGCCAAGGACUACUGCUAAAAUGCUAUAUGAAGCACUGUUUUUCAGCAACAAGAUUUGGCGCAUUUGUACAGAGUUGUUGUUCUUUGUCUAGAUUUAUCUGGAGAAACUUAGGUUUACAAAGUAUGUAAUUGCAGUGUUUGCUCCAUCAAACCGAUCAUGUUUCCAGAUUAUUUCUAACAUUCAGCUUGACAUUGUCUGGUCAAAUAAAAAAGAAGCUAUUUCUGUAUCAAAUGACAUGAAUGCACUCAUACUAUUUAUUAAGUAAACUUUCUUUUCACUAAA